GUUUGGUCGGAGGUGAAUGCGGAAUUACCUUAGGGUAAAGAUUUUCACCGUGUGAGCAGCUGGUCCCAGGGCAGGGCUGCACCAGUUUCUCUCCUACACGGUGUCGUUAGUGGGAGCUAGCCAUGGGCACCAGUAUGGACAGGUCUCUGCGGUCAGUGCUGCUGCUGCUGACAGUCCUGGGACUCUCUGAGGCUCUACAAGAAGGAUGGCUGCCAAAGGAAUAUGCAAACACCACAGCUGAAGCACAACGCUUCCUUGAUGACUACAAUCAUACUGCUGAAGAGGUGUUAUUCAACAGUGUCUCUGCCAGCUGGACCUACAACACCAACCUGACGGACCACAACUCCAAGCUCCAGGUAAAAGCAUCCCUUGAAGAGCAGGCCUUCACUGAAGCUUGGGGGAAAAAGGCCAAGCAGGUCUUCUCUCACGAGAUUAUCAACUCUCUCCCUACCCCUGAAGAAAAGAAGCUGAUGGAGAAGAUCAUGAUACUGGGAGCUGCCAACCUGCCCCAGGAAGAAAGAGAAAAGUAUAACACAAUUCUCAGCACCAUGGACAAUAUUUAUUCGACAGCCAAGGUCCAUCCACAACCAAACAUAAGCUGGAGCCUGGAACCUGAGCUCACAGAAAUCAUGGCCAAGUCCAGGAGCUAUAAAAGGCUGCUGUUCGCCUGGGAGGGCUGGCACAAUGCAUCAGGUGUACCUCUCAGGGAGCACUACCCCAAGUUUGUGAAGUUUAGCAACAAAGCCUCUCAAGCUGAUGGAUUUAAGGACACUGGAGAUGACUGGCGCUCUUGGUAUGAGACUGAAAACUUUGAGAACGUCAUAGAGGACCUUUAUAAGACAAUUCAGCCCCUCUACCUCAACCUACAUGCCUUUGUGCGUCGCCAGCUCUACAACCAGUACGGUCCCAAGUACAUCAACCUUAAAGGACCUAUCCCUGCUCACCUGCUAGGAAAUAUGUGGGCCCAGACCUGGAACAAUAUAUAUGGUAUGAUGAUCCCAUUUCCUGACAAACCCAACCUGGAUGUGACUGCUGAAAUGGUCAACCAAGGCUAUAAUGCCACACACAUGUUUCGUGUUGCUGAGAAUUUCUUCACCUCUCUGGGUUUGGAGAAGAUGCCUGAUGAGUUCUGGGCUGAGUCCAUGUUGGAGAAACCUGACAAUCGAGAGGUGGUGUGCCAUGCUUCUGCUUGGGACUUUUACAACCGUAAAGACUUCAGGAUCAAGCAGUGCACCACAGUGACAAUGGAGCAGCUCUUCACUGUACACCAUGAGAUGGGGCACAUCCAGUAUUACCUGCAGUACAAGGACCAGCCUGUGGGCUUUCGUCGUGGAGCCAACCCCGGUUUUCAUGAGGCAAUUGGAGAUGUUUUGUCUCUCUCCGUUUCCACACCUAAACAUCUGAAAGCCAUUGGACUGCUGGAAUCUGUGACCUCUGACUAUGAAACUGAUAUCAACUACCUGUUAAAGAUGGCUCUGGAGAAGAUAGCCUUCCUUCCCUUUGGCUACCUUAUUGACCAGUGGAGAUGGGGUGUCUUCAGUGGACGCACCCCUCCAGAUCGGUACAACUCAGAGUGGUGGUAUCUCAGGACAAAAUAUCAAGGCAUCUGCCCACCCACCAGGCGUACAGAGGAGCACUUUGAUCCUGGAGCAAAAUACCACAUUCCUGGAAACACACCAUACAUCAGGUAUUUCGUCAGCUUCAUCCUGCAGUUCCAGUUUCAUGAAAAACUAUGCCAAGCAGCCAACCACAAGGGUCCCUUGCACACAUGUGACAUCUACAGCUCUCCAGAAGCAGGGGCCAUUUUAAAGACAGUUCUUCAGGCAGGCUCCUCCAAACCUUGGCCUGUUGUGCUCCAGGAGGCUUUAGGCACCAACAAAAUGGAUGCUGGUUCACUGAUGAGAUACUUUGACCCCAUUAUUAAGUGGCUGGAAAAUCAAAAUGUAAAUGAGACAAUGGGAUGGCCUGAUUUCGACUGGGUGCCACCCGUCCCCGAAGGCUACCCAGAGGAUAUUGACAAGAAAACAGAUGAGCUUGAGGCAAAGAAACUUCUGGAUGAGUACAACAGCACAGCUGAGGUAGUGUGGAACGCAUACACGGAGGCCUCCUGGACGUACAACACUGAUAUCAAUGAAGACAAUAAGCAGGCGAUGCUUGCGAAGAACUUGGAGAUGUCGGCCCACACCCUGAAGUAUGGACAGAAGGCCCGUCAGUACGACACCACUGACUUCCAGGACGCCUCGGUCAAACGCAUCAUUAAAAAACUCAGCGACAUUGAGAGGGCCGCACUGCCCUCAACACAACUGGAAGAGUACAACACUCUGCUGUCCAACAUGGAGACCAAGUACAGUGUGGCUCAGGUCUGCAGAGAUGAUGGGAGGUGCCAUCCACUGGAUCCAGAUCUUCAGAAAAUCAUGGCGGAGUCCAGGGAUUAUGAUGAAUUGCUGUUUGCCUGGAAAGGAUGGCGAGAUGCUGCUGGCAAAGUACUCCGCCAGGAUUACAAAAGAUAUGUUGAACUGGCCAACAAAGCUGCUACACUCAAUGGUCACAGUGACAAUGGGGCUUUCUGGCGCUCUCUAUAUGAAACACCUACUUUUGAGCAAGACCUUGAGAGUCUGUGGAAGGAGCUGGAACCGCUCUAUCUGAACGUACACGCCUAUGUACGCAGGGCUCUGUACAAUGAGUAUGGUCCCAAGAACAUCAACCUAAAGGGACCCAUUCCUGCUCAUUUGCUGGGCAACAUGUGGGCACAGACAUGGUCUGGCAUAAUGGAUUUGGUCAUGCCCUACCCACAUGCCACUCAAGUCGAUGCCACGCCAGCUAUGGUUGCACAGGGCUGGACUCCCACCAGAAUGUUCCAAGAAUCGGACAAAUUUUUCACCUCCCUGGGUCUAAUGCCAAUGCCAGAAGAGUUUUGGAACAAAUCUAUGCUGUGGAAGCCCACUGAUGGACGCCAAGUGGUGUGCCACGCCUCUGCAUGGGACUUCUAUAACAGAAAAGACUUCAGGAUCAAGCAGUGCACCGUUGUGACUAUGGAUGAUCUGAUCACGGUGCACCAUGAGAUGGGCCAUGUCCAGUACUUCCUGCAGUAUAAAGACCAGCCUGUGUCCUUCCGUGAUGGAGCCAACCCUGGCUUCCAUGAGGCCAUUGGCGAUGUUCUUGCCCUGUCUGUGUCCACACCCAAACAUCUGAAGAGCAUUGGCCUCCUGGACAAAGUUGAGAGCAACAAAGAGAGUGAUAUCAACUUUCUAAUGAGCAUGGCACUUGACAAGAUUGCCUUUCUACCUUUUGGCUACCUGAUGGACCAGUGGAGAUGGAAGGUAUUUGAUGGACGCAUCCCAUCGACUGAGUACAACAAAGAGUGGUGGAACCUCAGAAUGAAGUACCAGGGAUUGUGUCCACCUGUAAGCCGUACCGAGGAUGACUUCGACCCAGGUGCGAAGUUCCACAUCCCUGCUAAUGUGCCCUACGUGAGGUACUUUGUCAGCUUCAUCAUCCAGUUUCAGUUCCACAAGGCUCUGUGUGACGCCGCCGGGCAUAAGGGGCCCCUACAUACCUGCGAUAUCUACAAAUCUAAAGAAGCUGGGAAGCUGCUGGGUGAUGUGAUGAAGCAGGGCUUUAGCAAGCCCUGGCCCGAGGCUUUGACCAUGAUAACCGGCGCGCCCAAAAUGAGUGCUCAGCCACUCAUGCAGUAUUUCCAACCCCUCAUUCAAUGGCUAGAGGCAGAGAAUGACAGGAACAACGAUGUUCGCGGGUGGCCUGAAUAUGACUGGAAACCUUCAACAAUUCCAGUAUCUACUAAAGUGGACUUCCUGGGUAUGAGUGUGGACAGCUCGGCUGCCUUAGCUGGCCAGUGGGUCCUGUUGGUCAUUGGCCUGGUCCUAUUAGUGGCCACCAUCCUAUUGGCCUACAAGUACAGGAAGUCAAGAAAGCCUGAGAAGUCCUUAUCGACGAUGGAGCUCAAGCAGAAAGACUAGUCAUCAGUGACACUGUACUAACCUCAAUGUGAACAUCAGUGUUUUUGUGUACUGUACAGUAUACAUCUUAAAUUAGCUUUUCUUUUUGGUCUGCCUCCCUAUCUAAUCUUGUAUAUUUAUUGUAUACUCUUGGAGUCCAAUUUUUUUUUUUUAUUUGCCUAUG